AUGUCCUCCUCAGCGCCUUGGGACUACAUCGCCAAGCUGGUCUGCAUAGGCGACUCAGGAUGCGGCAAAUCCAGUCUCACCAUCCGCCUCUGCGAAGGCCGCUUCUCCGCGCACCACGACGUCACAAUCGGCGUUGAAUUCGGCUCGCGCAUCGUGCCCGUCGGCCCGCCUCACACGCCCGCCGGCGCCAUCGCAUUCCCUCCCUCCUCGUCCUCCGCCGCCGACGAUGCGCCGCCUUCGCCCGGCGGGCUCCCGGAACCGCCGCGCGACACCAGCAACACCCCCCAGAAGCAUAUGAAGCUCAGCCUGUGGGACACGGCCGGCCAAGAAACAUACAAGUCCGUCACGAGGUCGUAUUUCCGUGGCGCAAGCGGCGCGCUGCUCGUCUUUGACCUGUCGCGCAAGGCCACCUUCCAGCACGCCACGGACUGGCUCAACGACCUCCGCCAGAUUGCCGAGCCCGACAUUGUCAUCGUCCUGGUCGGCAACAAGGCCGAUCUGACACAGCAAGAGGACAACAAGCGAGAGGUCACCCGGGAAGAGGCGGAAGAGUGGGCCAGGCGUAAUGGCAUCCUCGAGUACGUCGAGACGAGUGCUAAGAGCGGCGAGAAUGUGGAAAAAGCCUUUAUGAGAGUCGCCGAGAGGAUAUACCAGAACAUCCAGGCCGGCAAGUAUAAUCUAAACGACAGGAGAUCCGGCGUUAAGGGCCCUAGUGCUGGUGGAAGCCGGCAAGUGAGGUUAACAGCUGACGCCAGCAAAUCAGGCGGCGGAUGUUGUUAA